AUGAUAGUCUUAAAAGAACUUGAAUUCUAUCACGGUUUUCUGCCUCGUGAAGAUUUAUUUUGUCUAUUAAAAUACGUUGGAGAGUUUCUUGUAAGAGUUAGUGAGGUGAGCUGCAAUGAAAUCAUGUCCUCCAAUGAGAAAGAGGAUGAAGCGCAAGGUAAAAAAGGUUAUGAGAAGAAAGUACGAGGUAAGGUACACGAUUCACCAUGCGAAGGGCCAAAACUAGGCGCUAUGUCGAAAUUCGGAAUCGUCACUUUUCAGCUGAAAAAUGUUAUCAUAAGAAGGAAAAGUGGUAGAUAUCUGGUUGAAGUGGCCAGAUUAUUUGAAACGAUUCCACAGCUAAUCAAUCACUAUCGAGUCACACCAGGAAAAUUAAACAAGACAAAAGGUUGCAGUGAUCUUGGUAAAGCAAAGAUUAAAGAAAUGAUGAAGGAAGCGCGAUUGAUGAGGAAUUUUAAACAUAGAAAUGUCGUCCGUAUUUAUGGAGUGGCUGUAGAUGAGCAGCCGUUAUAUAUAAUCCUUGAACUCGUCAGCGGCUUCACACUUUCUUGUAACUCUGCAUUUCCUCCAACAGGUGGUGCACUAAACACGUUCCUGAAGGAGAAUGCGAAUAAAGUAGAAGUGAAGCAGAAACUGGACAUGUGUCUUGGGGCCGCUCUCGGUGUAGAAUAUCUUCAUUUGAAUCAGUGUAUGCAUCGAGAUCUUGCUGCAAGAAAUUGUCUCAUAACCACCGACAAGAUUGUGAAAAUCAGCGAUUUCGGAUUGUCAAGACUGGGUGUUCAAUAUAAAUUAAAGUCGGCAAUAAAAUUACCAAUAAAAUGGCUUGCACCGGAGACGAUUACCACGUUCACAUUCUCGCUAAAGACGGACGUGUUCAGUUUUGGAGUGCUCGUCUACGAAAUAUUUGCAGACGGUACUGAACCAUGGGACGGACAAACGAAUGCCGAAGUAAAAGGGGCGGUUAUUGGAGGCAAGUGCGUCACUUUUCCAAAGAGCACACCAGAAAAAGUGAAAAAGUUUUUUGUCGAACGGGUAUUCGCUAAGAAUCCUGAACAAAGAGCAACGAUGACAGAAGUUGUAAAACAUCUACAAGCAUGUGGUGCUUCACAGAUCGGAAGCACGCGAAUAUCUCAAAUGUCUGAAGUGAGGCACAGUACCGAAAGUCGACGUAGUCGUUGA